AAAGACCUCUCACACACAGAGUUGUUUCUGUGGUUGUGUUUAUUGCAGUCGGGUUUUCUCCAUUUCCUUUCCAUGUAAAGUGCUCGGGGUGCGGUGUCAACGCCGGGCUGUGUCUGGAGAAGGAAGUGACAGUUGAACUGCUCUGUGCAGCGGAUCCUGCAAUCCAAGCAAGUUGAAGAUGGCGGUGAGGCAAAGGAUUUUCAACUCGACGGCGCCCUUCUCCGGGUCGCCCAAAGCCGAGCUGAAGGGGUCUUACCCAUUCUGCUCGGCCGCGGACCAGGAGGCGGAGGAGGGGGAGGGGAAGGACAGCAAAACGGGGUACAUGGCCUGCCUCGGCCCUCUGAUCAAUAAACUCCUGACGCAUGGCACCGCGGAGCAAGUGGGAGAAAUGCCGCUGAAGACCUCGACCUUCAUCGCCCAAGCGGAAUGUGAAACCCAGGACUCUCAGGAGUUCAGUCCAUCCUGCUUGGAACGCUCCUUUUUCCCCUCCCCGAACUGCUUCUCCAGCAGUCUUCCCUCAGAGCACAACAACGUGGCGUGGCCGACCGCGGCCUGCGCGGCGCGGGAGCCGAGCGGCCCGGCGGCGCCGCUCGCCCCGAGGAAGAAGACCCGGAAGAGACAGAAGCGCAAGGGGAGGACAAGACUGGAGAAGAGGAAGGAGAGGCGGCGGCACGGGCACCGAGUGCGCUCCGGAGUCCCCGAACAGGAGAGUGGAAGUUCUCUGGUCCGGGUCCUGGACGAGUCGAGAAGCGACCUCAGCAGUUCUUGCUCCAGCAGCUGUGAAAGCUCCGAGGAGGAGGACAGGGGGCCUUCCCCCUACGGCCGACAGAUCUACAACACCGGCUCCAGCUGCGCUCCCCUCCACUGGGGGCCCCCGGUCCGAGGCGGGCCCCUCUCCGGCCUCCACUCCUACGGGCAGGACAGCGUCUCGGACUCCCUCAGCAGUCUGGGAGACUGUUAUCUGGCUCUCGCCGGCCUCAGGGGCAGCGUCAGCCAGGGGGACCCGUGCUACGCCGGGCCCUUUUUCAAAGACGUGGAGAGGGACGUAAGAGAAGAGGAAGAAGAGGAGCGCUCGGCAUUCGGCACCGAGGGAAUCAUCUUUUACAACGAAAAAAUCCAGCCGGUGGACUCCGAGUACAAGGAAGGGAGGGAGUACGUCCUCACGGAGUUCAUCAAGGAGGGCUCCUAUGGAGAAGUGCACAGCGCUCAAGACGUCAACACGGGCUUCAAAUUCGCUGUCAAAAAGAUCGCCCUGAAGAGGUUCAGCAGUGAGGAGGUGGGUGCGUGGAGCGCCCUCAGAUCUCCUCGCGUGGUGGAACUCUUUGGAGUGGUCCGCGAGGGGCCGAACGUCGUCCUCCUCAUGGACCACAAAUCUGGCUCCCUGGGCCAGCUGAUCGCGGAGCGCGGCCGGCUGCCGGAGGACCUGAGUCUCCACUACCACUCGCAAAUCCUCACGGCGCUGGAGUACCUACGGAAGAAAAAAGUGGUGCAUCUAGACAUUAAAGCUGACAACGUGCUGCUGUCGGAGGACGGGAGAGACGCCUUCCUGUGCGACUUCGGACACGCCGAGAGACUCGACACUCGAGGCCAGAGCCUCAGCGGGUCCAACGAUCUGAAGGGCACCGAGAGCCACAUGGCCCCUGAGGUGGUGAAAGGGGAACCCCGCGGAGCCAAAGCAGAUGUGUGGAGCAGCUGCUGUACGUUACUGCACAUGCUCAACGCGUGUCCGCCGUGGACCAGAUACUACACCUGCAGGCUUUACCUGAAGAUUGCCAACGAGCCGCCGCCGCUGAGGGAGAUCCCCCCCGACUGCAGCCCGCUCACAGCGGAGGUGCUCGCGGCGGGACUUCAGAAGGAUCCGGCCAAGAGGGCGUCGGCCUCUGACCUCAAUGGGAAAGCUGCCCGGGCUCUGAGAGAAGUGGGGGGCCUCACCAGUCCGGUGAGGGGCCCGUACACGGCGCCCUUGUACAUCGCCGACAAACCGCCGGACCGCCUGCAACUCGUCAACAGCAGCGUGAAAUACGACGACGAGCAUCGAGAGCCCGUCGGGGAAAGGGGGCCGGCGGGCAGCGGGCCGCCGGAGUCAAAGCGGGACUCCACUUCCUGUCCGCAAACGCUGGUCUCUGAGCCGAGCUGCAAGAGGGGCAACGAGAUCGCCACGGUGCCUGAACUCGAGCUGCGUAAACUGGAGCGGGAUUUCUACCUGAGCAGCCUGUCCCAGCUGCACUCGGUGGAGAUGCAGGAGCAGCUCCUGUCGUGCCUCAGCAGCGACCCGUACUCCACCUGGGAGCCGUGGGACAAAAAGGACUCCGGCCGCUGGUCUCUGAGUCCAGGAGACGACUUCAGCUCCGGCGUCUUCUCCUACAGCAGUCAGCCAGACGUGCCCACGCCUUCCAGUCUGGAUUUGCUGAGUCACGCGCAGCAGCUGCCGCCGUCCUGCUGCUUCGAAGGGGUGGACGUCUGCAUCCGAGACUUCGACCGGAGGAGCAUCUGCAUCAGGGAGACGCGGCGGGUGAAGGUGGGCCGCAUCGCCACAGGGAUCAGUGAUCAGAUCACCGAGAGGGUUUUCACCCUAGAAACCCAGCGGGGCGGGCAGGUAUCUCACGACGAGGAGGUGCAGGAGUCGGGUCUGGAGCUCAGCUGUGUUCCCGCGCCCGACUUCAGCUCCGCCUGGAGGUGGAGGGUCCGAGACGGAGUGCUGGAGACGAGAUAGAGAGACUCCUCCUCGUGGCCUCGCGGAGCACCGGUUCAAAUACUCGCCUUAAGUUUGUCUCGAGGUGUUGUUUUUUUACACGGGCCAAAAAUAAAUCCAGCGUGCGUCUCGUGUUUUAAAUGCCACGACGGGGCGCGGAUGUGUUGCUUUUUCAUUUGUUCACUGUGACGCAUCUUUUCUUAUUGCGUGUGUGUGUGCAUCGAGUCAAUAAACGGCAUCGAAAACAA